GCAGGCAGGCUGAGCCCACCUUGGCUUGCGCGCAGCCAUUGGCUGCCCAUCGGAAUAAAUCGAGGACAAUGCAUUCCGCCGCCUGCCAAUUGUAAACAUCAGGGAUAUGUGUUCACUUAGCAUUGACUUUUGGGAGGGGCCAAGGAAAAGCUGCACUUUUAUUGAAUAGGGCUGUGUGUGUGUGUGUGUGCGAGGCUGCUGCUGCGCCUCUCUCGCUGCGCUCCUGCCCAAGCAGCCGGUUAUUCAUUUCCUUCCUACUAGCUGGAAACUUUGCAGCCAGAGUGCCUGUGGUAACCAUUGGCUUACUCAAAGAAUCCCUUGGGAGCUGAAGAGGCAGCAUCUUCCAGGCUCAGGGGCAUCAUAUCUGAGUUCACCUCAUUUUUCUGGAGUCGUCAUUUUGAUUCGUCAAGCAGCUGGUUUGUUACUGAAAAACUCAGAAUAUUUCCUCUGAUUGCCUUCCUAUUUGGAUCUUCCCAGAGCUUGGAACGCUUAAACACCCACCAUGGAUGACUUUGAACGCCGCAGAGAGCUCAGGAGGCAAAAGCGUGAGGAAAUGCGCCUGGAAGCAGAGAGGCUGUCCUACCAGAGGAACGAUGACGAUGAUGAAGAAGCUGCCAGAGAACGGCGCCGGCGGGCUCGGCAGGAGAGGCUGCGGCAAAAGGAGGAAGGAGAGCUCUCAGGAGAAGCAACAGAGAAAUCUGAGGUUAAUGCCCAGAACAGUGUGGCAGGAGAGGAAAGCAAGCGCUCCACAGAUGAUGAAGCUGCAUUGUUGGAGAGGCUGGCAAGGCGGGAGGAGAGACGCCAGAAACGCCUGCAGGAAGCCCUGGAACGCCAAAAGGAAUUUGACCCCACGAUCACAGAUGGGAGCUUGUCAGUGCCCAGCAGGAGAGAAGUAAACAACGUGGAAGAAAAUGAGACCACGGGGAAAGAGGAAAAGGCUGAAACACGCCGAGGACGCUAUGAGAUUGAGGAGACAGAAACAGUUACCAAAUCGUACCAGAGGAACAACUGGAGGCAAGAUGGGGAAGAAGAGGGGAAAAAAGAAGAAAAAGACAAGGAGGAGGGACUGGAGGAGAAACCAAAGGAGGUCCCCGUAGAGGAAAAUCAGGUAGAUGUGACAGCAGAAAAAUCCACUGAUAAAGAAGAGGCAGUAACUGUAAAUGCAGAGGAACACAAAGCAGAGAAUGAUACAAAUGCUGUGGCAGAAGGGACCCAAAGUGUAACUGAUGCUGUAGAUAAAGAGAAGCUCAGGGAUGAGGAAAAGGCUGAGGAAGAAAGGAAGGAAGCAGAAGAAAGGGAGAGGUUAAAAGCAGAGGAAGAAAAGAGGGCAGCUGAGGAAAGACAGAAAGCAGAGGAAGAAAAGAGGGCAGCUGAGGAAAGACAGAAAGCAGAGGAAGAAAAGAGGGCAGCUGAGGAGAGGGCUAAGGCAGAAGAGGAGAAGAGGGCAGCUGAGGAAAGAGAGAGGGCUAAGGCAGAAGAGGAGAGGAGGGCAGCUGAGGAAAAGCAGAAAGCAGAGGAAGAAAAGAGGGCAGCUGAGGAGAGGGCAAAGGCAGAAGAGGAAAAGAGGGCAGCUGAGGAAAAGGCUAAGCUAGAAGCAGAGAAGUUAAAGGAAAAACAAAAGAAGGAAGAACAGAAAAUAGAAGAUAAACAGGUAAAAGAGAAGAAAGUAGAAGAUGAAAAACCUCAAGCAGCUGUCUUAAAAAAACAGGAGGAAGAAAAAGUGGAAGCUAAAAAGGAAAAGCUGCCAGAAGAGAAGCUCCAAGCUACCUCCAUAAAAGAUCAGGUAAAAGAUGACAAAGGUAAAGCACCCAAAGAGGAGAUGAAAAGUGUCUGGGAUCGUAAGAAGGGCGUUCCUGAGCAAAAGGCACAGAACGGAGAACGUGAGCUCCCCGCCUCCAAACUUAAACCUACUGAGAAUGCUUUUGGGCGCUCCGGUGUGAAGGGAGCCGCGGAGGAGGCGAAGCCGGGCGCCGAGGCGCUGAAGAGGUUGGAGGAUCAGCGGCGCCGCCGGGGCGAGAACGAGAGCGAGGAGUUGGAGAAGCUGAAGGAGAAGCAGCAGGAGGCGGCGGCAGAGCUGGACGAGCUGAAGAAAAGGCGGGAGGAGCGCCGGAAAAUCCUGGAGGAAGAGGAGCAGAAGAAGAAGCAGGAGGAGGCUGAGAGAAAAAUCAGAGAGGAGGAGGAAAAGAGGAGGAUGAAGGAAGAAAUCGAAAGAAGAAGGGCUGAAGCUGCUGAGAAACGCCAAAAGAUGCCAGAAGAUGGUGUGUCUGAAGACAAGAAGCCAUUUAAAUGUUUCAGUCCUAAAGGCUCAUCUCUCAAGAUAGAGGAGCGAACAGAAUUUUUGAACAAAUCUGCUCAAAAGAGUGGUAUGAAGCCCACCCAGACAACAGCAGUUGUCUCAAAGAUUGACAGUAGACUUGAGCAAUACACUAGUGCAAUUGGGGGCACAAAGGCUUCAAGACCUAAAGCUUCCGACCUUCACGUUCCGGCCGAGGGCGUCCGUAAUAUCAAGAGCAUGUGGGAGAAAGGGAAUGUUUUCUCAUCACCUUCUGGGACAGGAACACCAAAUAAGGAAACUGCUGGACUGAAGGUUGGUGUCUCCAGUCGUAUCAACGAGUGGUUGACCAAGACCCCAGAGGGCAACAAAUCCCCUGCUCCAAAACCUUCUGAUUUAAGACCAGGAGAUGUAUCUGGCAAACGUAAUCUCUGGGAGAAGCAGUCAGUGGAGAAGCCAGCUGCUGCUUCUAAGGUAUCAGCUACAGGCAAAAAAUCAGAGACUAAUGCAGGUUUGAGACAAUUUGAGAAAGAACCGUAGAAGGCCACUAAGGACGCUGGACCAAUCAGUUUGGGGGAAAAAAAAAUAAGGAAAAAGUGCUAAAUUGUUCUUUUUAUAUUUAUGUUUAUUUACCAAAAUGUCUUUUUUUUUUUUUUGCAUUAUCCCAGUUAAAACCAUGUAUAUUAGCACUGUAUUUAAUAAUCAGUCUAGACUUUCAUCAGAAUAGUACUGCCUUUGCACAAGAGCCUUUAUUCCUAAAGAAACCCAUGCUGUGAAAUAUAUAGACUCUCCUACUGAAAGUCAUAAAUAUGUACCUGAACAGUGAUUUCAGCUGGCAUUAGAGGUCAACCCAAAACACAUGUAAAGUGAAGUCGCUUGGGAAAGGUGUGCAGUAAACCUAUAAAACCAAUGGUUACUUUUGUAAUACAGAAGUCUUUUUCUUUCUGCACUUUAGACUAAGGCAUGGAAGAAAUAUCUUUAGUUGACAAUGUAAUAUUUUCUGUAAGUCGCCCAUGUCAUGAGAAAUACUGCAUCAAUAACGUGUUUUAAUUUUUUUUUUUGUUUUAUACUUUUUUUUAAGUAUCAAUUUUUCCAUUCUAGUUUAAGUUAAUACCUAAAUUUGGAUGAUUAUGUUAGCUGACAGCGGUACUGAUAUUUCUUUUUGUUGUUAGUGACUAGUAAUUGAAUGCAAUCUAGAAUAUAUAUACACACAUAGCUUUACAAAGUUUAGCCUAAAGGCACUACUAAUGGUAGAAUGCUUUAAUAUGUGCUAGAGUAUUAUAUUUAGCAAUAAACAUACAUAAUUAGCCAAUAUCACAGCUUAAAAAAAUAAAGACAAAAUCACACACUUUUCUAUAGUAAGAUUUCAUAAUUGUCAUUAGAGGUAUGGUGAGAUAAGUAUUAAAAAAAUUUAAAUGUCAGUUGCCCUGUAAUGGGUAAUUAAAAAGAAAGUAUAGUUUUUAAAAGAGGAAAAGGUAAGGGUAUAGAGGGUCAAAAAUAGGUCACUUGUAUAAAACGUUGUAGUUUAAUUUAUAUAAAACUACCAUAAUUAAAAAGAAAAAAAUGCAAACAGAGUUGGAGCUUGUUUCAAAUGACUGUACACUAAAUCUUGCCAUCCAUCAGUGCCCUACACCAGGUCCACUGAAAAUGAAGUAAACCUCUAUCUUUGUGAUGCUUCUUUUUACCUCUCUCCCAUGAAUAUCUUAUUUACAGAUGUUUUCAUUUGUACAUAGUAAACACAUGGCUUUAAGACGUCAGCUUGGUUUGGAUUUACAUGCCCUGCAGUUCAGCAUUUACAUCCCACAGUGUAUGGGUGGCAUAAACUGAGCAACUCAAGCAGCCCCUGAGCACGUUGUUAACAGCUUUGUUGUGCACCAGAACCCCCAGGACCUCCCUCAUCACCACUUCCAUGUCUUACAGCAUCUGGCUUCUUCCCAAAGAAGUGUAAGGUUCUAUUUCAACCCAAAGCUGGGCUCCCCUGCUUGGCUGAAACAUCUUGUUUACGUGUAGAGAUGCACAAAAUUAUCUGUAGGGGGUGAAACUGUGCCUGACGUUGUCGGUGAGUUGUCAUGGUUUUUGUUUGGGGGUUUUGUAAACACUCCUCUGAGUCUUUCAACUACAUCUGAUAGCUGCAAUAAAAACCAAUUUGUUCAAACAAUGUAUUCUGAAACUGCAUCUGCAAUAAAUGGAGUAUUUCCAUCAGCA